AUGUGUCCCGAAGAUUGGGACAAUCUUGGGCUCAGGAACCCUUCGCCGGAUGCCAAACCCAUUUUCCAGAGGAUCACCGAGGCUUACUCGAUCCUCUCCGAUGACAAGAAGCGAUUGAAAUACGACAAGUCAGGAGAUAUGGACCUGGAGGACUUCGACAUUGAUCAAUUUCUGAAUAUGUGGGUUGGAGAAAUGAUGGAAGAUGGUGGAGUCGUUGAUGACAUGAUGCAAGCAGUUCUGCCUUGGAGGAGUGACGAGGAGAAGAUGAUGCAGUUUAUGGAAGAGAACGUGGCACCCAGCGGAGGGAAGCUGCAAUGCAAGGUGUGCCAACACGUGGGUUCGAAUCAGCGACUCAUGUUGGCCCAUUUCGAGAAGAAACAUCACUUGGACUGUGAGGAGUGGGCCAAAGAGACCCUGAAAAGCAUGAUGAAGGCCUCAUUCGAGUCUUUCAUGAAGCAGGUCACAGGCCUUGGAGAUCCCAGCGGUGAGUUCCUCAUGCCCGACGGCAGCAAGGCGGAGAUGUCCAAGGUGCCGGGUGUCCCUGACAUCCGUGCCCACAUGCAGAAGCGCAUGGACAAAGCCAAGGUGCUGGAACAAGUCUUGGAGAUGUAUCGCACAGUGGCUGCCGAAGAGGUGGAAGACAGUGAGGCCGCCGCGUCCAGCCCGGACGAGGUGCGAAUGGCGAAGGCAAAGGCGACGCCGGAGCGGAUCGCAGAGGUGCUGGAUGUGACUCUGGAGGAAGCCCAGCGGCUGAAGGAUGACAGGGAGGAGCUUCUGCGCCAGCUCAAAAUGCGCAUUGAUGAGCUGAGCGCAGAGGAUGAAGAGGAGGAACUGCUUGAAUCCAUGGCCGCCUUCGGAGGUGGCAUGGAUGGCGCGGACUUCGGCCUCGGCGGCUUUGGUCCGGGCGGCCUGGGCGGCUUGGAGGAUUUGCAGGAUCUUCUGCAGGGUGAUCCGCAGAUGGAGGCGCUGCUGGGGCAACUGGGUGGCGGACUGCCGUUUGGUGGGCCCAUGGGCAUGCCGGGCAUGCCAGGAUUCCGGCAGGAGGGAGCUCAGAGGUUUGCUCGGAGUUCGCAGGACGGCUACGAGCGCUUUGAGCGGCCUGCGAGGAGGAGGACUCCGCCACAAGAGCAGGAGGAAGAGAUUGGGUGCAUUUGCGGCUAUACUUGUGGAACGGAGAAGGCGUUGCAAAGGCAUUUGGACCGCUUCCCGAGUGAUGCCGCCCAUCGGGAUGCCAGGCGGCGGUGA